CCCCACAGCUCAGUGGCAGAGCAUCUGCUUUGCAUGCAGGAAGUCCGAGGUUCAACCCUGGCAUCUCUAGGUAGGGCUGGGAAACCUGGCCCCUCUAUCUGAAACCCUGGAAAGGUGCUGUCGGUCAGUGUGGAUGAUAGUGAACUAGAUGGACUCUUGGUAGCCUCUGCUUCUCCAGGCUUCAGGACAAUUUCAUGACCUCCCUUGCUAUCGCUACACCAACAAUUGGGCUCUCAGCAUCUCACAGAGCAUAAUUUCAUCCACCACCAGGAUUGGUGCCUUGCAUUUUCCAAACUUCCAGCAUCUCAGGAGACAGACGGAGAAAAUGAGAGCAACCAGGCUCUAAACUAGUUCGCAUGAGACAGACUUUACCUCUGAUUUCCAGAUGUACCUGGAACUUUUGGCCACCUAGCUUGAAAAGCCCACGGGAUACACUGUAACUGGAACGUCCUGGAAAGAUCUGAGGCCUCGAGAUGGCAGCUGUUAUUCCUUCGGAGGAGGUGGUGAUGGUGGUUUUGGGAAAGCACUCGCCUGAGAGGCAGGUGGCCCGAAGUCUCUCGCAAGAGCAGAGCUCCGAGGCUACCCUGCCAUGGGAUCGAGCCUGCCAUGGUUUGACUUGCAAGACGGCGAUGCUCGAGGCGUUGGGCAGCGACACAAGGCCUAGUCCUGAGGGAAGCUGGGGAGAGGCCAUGGUGGGGCUAGAUGCAGACAGUGAGGCUCUCCUCGGAGCUCCCGCCAGCGAGGAGGAGGAAGAAGAGGACAGCAACAGGAUGCCUGUGACGGCAGCUCAUGUCUUUGUCCCCAUUGACCCCUACUGCAUCGACUGCACGCCGGUGGCAACUGAUGACAGGAAGCAGCAGCCAGAAUCUGAGGAGGAGGAAGAGGAGGAGGAGAUGGUGCGCUGCGAGAAGAAUCUUCUCCAGCUGGAGAACCAGAACUUCAUCUCCCGCGCCUACUCAGCCCGCUUUGACGACUUGCCCAGCGACGAGGGGAAGCAAGCCAAGACGUGCGCGGAGAGGCUGCCCUGCCUGCAGAACGGCAGCUGUAGCUCGGCCAACCUCAAGGCUGUGGCCUCCAUGGCUGGGGCCACCAUCAUUUUCCCCUGCCUGAUCUACGGCGCGUACGUCUUCCUGCCCUUUGACGCCCCUCUAUUGCCGACCAUGAGCUCUCGCCUGGUCUACACCCUUCGCUGCGGGGUCUUUGCCACCUUCCCGAUCGUUAUAGGGAUGAUUGUGUAUGGGGUCUCCCGCCUCUGCUUCUCCUCCUUGCAGCCUUUUGGGGAGCUGCGCAGGGAAGUGGAGAUCCACCGCCAUUAUGUCUCCCAGUCGGUCCACCUCUUCAUCCUGUACUUCUUCAACAUUGCAGUCCUCUCUACUUACCUGCCCCAGGAAGCCCUCAAGCUCAUCCCUCUACUGACAGCGCUCUUUGCCAUUUCACGGCUCCUCUACUGGCUGGCCUACGCCAUGGGCCGCUCUUUCCGUGGUUUUGGCUUUGGCCUGACGUUCCUGCCUCUCUUCACCAUGCUCCUGUUCAACCUCUACAGCAUGUUUAUCAUGGACCCGGAGGACAUGUUUGUCAUGGCAGGCAGUGGCGAGAAGGAGCAGCGGCUGGCCUCCAAGCCUUCAUUCUGGGGGUGAAAGAAGAAGCAGGCGGGGAGGGAAAAGACCUCUGGCCUGGCCCCUCUGUUGGGUGGCAGAUGUGCUGCCUUCACCUCUGGUCAAGAAGGGGAGGUGAAUUGGGCCUUGACCUAAUGGAAAUAUGAUAGAAUCAUAGAAUAGUAGAGUUGGAAGGGGCCUACAAGGCCAUCGAGUCCAACCCCCUGCUCAAUGCAGGAAUCCAAAUCAAAGCAUUCCUGACAGAUGGCUGUCCAGCUGCCUCUUGAAUGCCUCCAGUGUCAGAGAGCCCACCACCUCUCUAGGUAAUUGGUUCCAUUGUCAUAUGGCUCUAACAGUUAUGAAGUUUUUCCUGAUGUCCAGUCGAAAUCUGGCUUCCUGCAACUUGAGCCCAUUAUUCCGUGUCCUGCACUCUGGGACGAUCGAGAAGAGAUCCCGGCCCUCCUCUGUGUGACAACCUUUCAUGUACUUCAAGAGUGCUAUCAUAUCUCCCCUCAGCCUUCUCUUCUCCAGGCUAAACGUGCCCAGUUCUUUCAGUCUCUCCUCACAGGGCUUUCUUUCCAGUCCCCUGAUCAUCCUCGUUGCCCUCCUCUGAACACGUUCUAGUUAUACAGACCCUCAGGCCUCACUGACUGCUGGGGUACUGCCCCCCUUCCUGGAUGAGCUGCAGCCCUGACAUUUGGGGCACCUGAUGGGCAGGGCACCCUCUCCCUCCAUUACUAGACAAAUCUGAAAACAUUUGCUCCCCUUGUCUUCAAAAUGGGGGCCAAAUUCUACCCCGCAGGUAUUUGAGCUAUUCCAUAUUAGCUACAAAGAUGAAAUGUGGAGCGCAGGCAGCCCGAGACCCCCGUGUUGUUUGAGAAGUCCGAGGGGGGGCAGCAUUUGUAAGUCACUGUCUCCUGAAAGUGGGAGGAGAUUAGAGCACCCACAAAUGGUUCAAGGACGACCAGGCUGCUGAAAUCUCAUUGUCCCAACUCCUAGGAAAAUCUGGAAGUGGAACCGGCUGCAGCCACCAAAGUCUGAACCAGGAAGUUAGCCUCGUCAAAGGGCAGCAUCCCAGUCCAAAGUAAGCCAGACCAGAGGACCUUUGGGCAACGUGGCUUUUGUUGCCUCAGAGUUUUGAGAUGACGUGCAGCCAGGAACCAUGCCUGCUUCCAGAAUGCUUCCCUUGCUGGCAUGUUAUUAUAACAAAAAAGACUGCAUCAGCUGGCAACAGCUCUGCAGAAGCCUCUUCCCAGGCUUUGAUCUUUUACAGGCUGAUGUCGUUUAUGUCGGUGGACCCUGUUCUCUAGAGUUACAACUGCUCCUUAUCUCUGUCUCUGAAUGUGAAGGCCUUUAAACUGGACUAGAACACUCAACUUUGGAUAAGUAACUCAUACCACAACAAACCUUUCAAAACCACACAGCCAUUUUGGUGAUUAUACAAUGAAACUAAAACCACUUGUUACGCAAGUAAAUGGGUAUAUUUCAUUGGCACCUUGGCUAUCAUUCUCAGCCACCGUGUUUGCCUUACAAGCAGUCCCCUCUGAUGAUCCUCCCAGGGUAGCAACUGUGCGUCACUGCAUAGGUUUCCUGCCUUGAGUUGAUUUCUCCCAACCCAAGUGGGCGUGGCAGGCAGAUUGGGAAAUGACAAACAGCAAUCUCAUCUGUGUUGAUCAGGUCAGAAAUGCAACCAUGGGGUUGUAUUCAACUAUGUCCUACUCUGAGUAGACCCACUGAAAUGCAUGAACCUAAGUUAGUCUUCUCUAUUAACUUCAGUAGGUCCACUCUGAGUAGGACCAGCAUUGAAUACCACCAUUUUAAGUGGCAUUUGACCCUGGAAAGGUUAAGAAAAAUAUAUGGGGGAUUUGUCAGCUGAAUGUUAGCAACAUCACCAAAUAAAAACAAUAUACACAUAUGUGACAAAAUUAAAACUUUGGUGCAGGAGGCUGUAACUCUCAGUUCAACUAUUUUUCUGUUGUGAUGUGAGACACUUUAUACUAAUAAAAUGUGAUGAAAUAGUG